AUUGUUUUCAAAUGGAUUUGUUGUCGAAAGGCGUGAAUGCAGUGAAUGACAGCUAAUUGAGUGACAUUUGAGCGAUGAUUGGCUUCAGUGAGUGAAUCGAUGGCACACUUCGUAUGCAUUCAACACUUGACCCCUAAUUGAGUGCACUUUGUGUGUGAUGUCAGACCAGACAAGUGGUGCGACACAUGUGGAUGGCAUGGAUGCACACGUUGUCCACAAAUGGCCACAAAUGACCGAAAUUCCCAGAUUUUAUGAGAAGAUCCCUAUCAACGAGGACUCAUUGGCCGCUCGUGUCCGCGAAGAGGCCCGAGCAAUGUUUUUGCAAAAUAUGAGCAAAAAUGUGAUCGAAAACGAAGAACUCCAGCAAUUAUGGGUAUUGUUAGAGAAGUCGUGUUCCCAGACGUCAGAGAGUUAUGAAAAGCAAAGAAUCGAUUACUUGGAGUAUAAGAGGAUCUGCGGAUUACUUGAUCCCAAGUCUAAAGCAAAAGAGUACUUCACGGCAUCUGUUUUCGCCAAACUUCAAGACAAGGAUCCGAACCAAAAGAUAUCGAUUUUGAAUUUCUUUAAUUAUGUGAUGAGGAAAGUGUGGUUAAGACAGACACGCAUUGCUCUCUCACUCUAUGAUAUCACUGGUCAGGGAUUUCUCAAAGAAACGGAUUUAGAGAAUUAUAUCCAAGAAUUGAUUCCAACUUUAUCUCAAUUGGAUUCAUUGGACAAAGCCUUCCAUCCGUUUUACAUCUGUAUAGCCGUCCGUAAGUUCUUCUUCUUCUUGGAUCCGCACAAACACAACAAAAUCAAAAUCGUCGACAUUUUGGGCUCCGGUUUUCUCGACGACUUACUCGAACUCAGAGAUGAAGACUUGAACAAAACGCGAGAAGAGGCCAAUUGGUUCUCCGCCACCAAUACACUCCGUCUUUAUAGCUCUUACUUACGGUUAGAUGAGGACCACAACGGAAUGCUCUCUAAACCAGAGCUAAUGAAGUAUGGAAAUCUGACCAAUUUAUUCAUUGAACGAUUAUUUGAUGUUUGCAUUACUUAUGACAAAGAAAUUGAUUUUAAGACUUAUGUGGAUAUAGUGUUGGCUCUAGAAAACCGCAAAGAAGUUCAGUCCAUAUACUUCUUGUUCUCAAUUCUUGAUAUAAAGAGCAAACGAUUUAUCGAUUCAGAUGAAGACUUGAACAAAACGCGAGAAGAGGCCAAUUGGUUCUCCGCCACCAAUACUCUCCGUCUUUACAGCUCUUACUUACGGUUAGAUGAGGACCACAACGGAAUGCUCUCUAAAUCAGAGCUAAUGAAGUAUGGAAAUCUGACCAAUUUAUUCAUUGAACGAUUAUUUGAUGUUUGCAUUACUUAUGACAAAGAAAUUGAUUUUAAGACUUAUGUGGAUAUAGUGUUGGCUCUAGAAAACCGCAAAGAAGUUCAGUCCAUAUACUUCUUGUUCUCAAUUCUUGAUAUAAAGAGCAAACGAUUUAUCGAUUCGUUUUGUAUUAAUUACUUCUUUAAGGCAAUUCAGGAACAAAUGAGAAUUCAAGGACAGGAACCCCUUAACGUGGAUGACGUCUGUAACGAGAUCUUCGAUAUGGUUCGACCGCAAGAGAUGGGGAAAAUCACUUUCGAAGACCUUAUCUCAUGGUAUUAA